UCAAAACCGGAAGUACUCGUGAUAUUCACGCCACUUGAUGUGUUGUGGUUUUUACCGCUCAUUUUCACUGUAGCACACAGUUUUUUAUUUACGAUCACUACUAUUACUUUACUGUUCUGCUAUCUAAUAAAAAAAAGGUUUAAGUUGUUUUUCACAAUAAAAUCACAUAGCAGUCGAGUCGAAACCACCGCCGGCGGACAUGCAGGCAGAGAAAGAGGAGGAUGAGGAUGAUACAUUUCCGGAAGAAUAUGUUGCUGUGUCUAAUUUCACUGGAAGUGGCAGCGACCAGCUCAGUUUCAGCAGCGGGGACGCGCUGCUCGUCCAUGCCAAGCCUUCACCAGAGUGGUGGUGGGCAGAGCUGCAGGGAGUCAUAGGUUAUGUCCCUGCAGGCUACCUGCGACAGGAUGCUGCUGAGGAGGAGGACACCUCCCUGGAGGACCCAUGGCAAGAUGAAGAAUACUUCGGCAGUUAUGGCACACUGAGGCUUCACUUGGAGAUGCUGUCAGAUAAGAGCCGCACUGAAGCGUACCGGCAGGUUGUCCUCAGCAACAGUGCCUCUCUGAGGAAUAAGGUGGUGAUGGAUCUCGGCUGUGGGACUGGCAUUAUCAGCCUGUUCUGCGCUCAGCUGGCUCAACCCUCAGGGGUGUAUGCUGUGGAGGCAAGCUCUAUGGCAGAGUACACCAGACAGCUGGUGAAGCAGAACAGCUGUGAGGAGGUGGUCACGGUGCUCCAGGGACGAGCUGAGGAGAUCGAGCUGCCUGAGCAGGUGGACGUCCUGGUGUCUGAGUGGAUGGGUAACUGCCUGCUGUUUGAGUUCAUGGUGGAGUCAGUUCUGCUGGCCAGGGACCGCUGGCUUAAGGACGGCGGCGUUAUGUGGCCCUCAUCUGCAGCCCUCACCCUGGUGCCGUGUCAGGCCAACAGCUAUUAUGCAGAGAAAAUGGCAUUCUGGGAGCGGCCCUAUGGUCUGGACUUCACUCCUCUUCAGCCCCUGGCACAGCAGGAGUUCUUCGCCAAGCCCAAGUUCAGUCACCUCAUUGAGCCCAAUGACUGCCUCACUGUCCCCUGUGAUGUAAUACUCCUGGACAUGUACACUCUGCAAGUAAAAGACCUGGAGGAAAUAAAGGGUCAGUUUCAUUUUUGUGUGGAGAAGUCUGGUGUUUUCCAUGGAUUCACCGCCUGGUUCACUGUUCAUUUCAAGAGCCUGGAGGCAGGAGGCGCAACAGUGGAGCUAAACACCGGACCUAACUCAGACCCGACACACUGGAAGCAGACUCUGUUCAUGCUAGACAGGCCAGUUAGCGUGUGUGCUGGAGACUCCAUCACCGGAACCAUUGUCCUCUGCAGGAACCCUGUGUGGAGACGCCACAUGACUGUUACCUUGCACUGGAGCAUUAACGGCAGCACAGAGGACACAGACAACUGCCAGGUUGGGACAAAGAGUUUCCCCAUGUGGAGGUGACAGACUGUCCUUCAGCAGUGGUGAUCCACAGAAAAACAGUUGAGCGCACUUCCUCUUGAGUUUAGGGUCAGGGAGGAAUUGCUGCUGACCUAAAGUGAUCUGUUAUUUUAUAAUGAAAUGACAGAGGAGGAGGCUCAUCUGCCAGGACUUGCAAUCCAAUAGUGAUAACUGCAGGCUCAGGUGAUGCAACACACCAGGAUGUUUGAGAGGAAGUUGCAUGUGAACUUGCAUGUUGCGAAUGAACUGUGCUGCCAUAUUGAAAUUUCUACAUGAAUGCUCACUGGUCUAGGUGGGAAAAGAUGCUUUAUAGAAUAGUGUUGAUAGCUUGAACAUUUUUUUUACAGAUAUGUGUCCUUAAGGUGCAACAAAAGACAUGAUUCAGUCCUCCACAUUCUGCUUUUAUGUUUAUUUUUACUGUGCAUAUUGUUUAACAUUAGACAUCUCAUUUAUGUACAUUGUUGUACUUAGUACGAGUGCUACACAUGGCACUAGGCUUGUAUGGAUUCAAGAAAAUAACAGAUUAACCAUGAAUUUAUAGUGGUUACAGAUAUUCCUUUUUUCUAAGUUCAAACAUUAGAGUAAACAAUGUACUCCACUGAAAUGGUAGUUAUAAAUAAGCCUUGCUAGCUAGAAAUAUGCCUUAAAAACAAUUUUGGAGAACCUUCGGUGAUAAUAAUUCACAAUAAAAUUAAAUAAUUGUGCAAUUAGUAAACUCAUUUAUAAAAAUCA